UGCCAUUAAUUGACGAGUGCAGUUUUAAGAGUACAUAUACACAUUAUCAAUGGGUACCCUUGGCGGAAGUGUGUAUCAAAUCCAGAUGAACGCAAAAGGACCCAAGUCACAUACCUCCACGUCAGACUGGGAAUCUAAAUGUGAGCUAUGUCGCUCGCCCGCUGCAGUAGAGUGGAAAUGUCUAAACUGUUCCGAUUUCAUGUGUGCUAACUGCUACAAAAUCCACAAGCAUGGCAAAGUGACCAAGAUGCAUACGAUCAUCUCAAAGUCAAACCGGAACAACGAGACCACCCUACUUCACAGAAUCCGAUGCGAAAAGCACGAAGAAGAAAAUUUGGAAAUCUUCUGUGGAAAGUGUGACAAGGCGAUUUGCAAAGUAUGUCUUAUAACGGACCAUAAUGCGCAUAAUUUAGUUCAACUGGAGGCUAAAGCAGAACAAGAAAGAGUCAAUAUUAGGCAAUACAUCAGCGAGGUUUCGGCUUCCAAAAUUAAACACGUUCAAGAACUGAUCAAGAAUCAAGACGCUGCUAUCGAAACUUUCGCGCAGAAGGACGAAUCGGCUUCACGGGAUUUGGAAGCAAAGACGGAGAGGAUAAUUGGUAUUGUAAAAGAAAUAGGCAGCAAGCUGAAAACGGAGAAUGCUAGUCGUUUGGAAUCUAUGAAGAAGCACAAAAAGUCGCUAACAAAUGAAUUGGCGGAAAUUAAGAAGUCUGUAGAGGAAGCGGAAGCCAGUUUGCAGAGAGGAAACGCUCUAGAAAUAGUUCAGAAGUCAUAUUACUUCCAGAGAAAACUGAACACCAAGGUCCCAGAUAUACAUCAGCCGGUCUAUCACGAUUUCUCCAAGUUCAGAGUAGACAAAGAAAUUCUCAUGGCCUUGAAAAGAGAAUGCAAUGCAAGGUCAUACGAAAAAGAUUAUGGCGACCUGCUGGAGAAAAAUAAAUCCCUGCAACAAAAGCUUGACAAGAUGGCACUGGAAAGCGAGAAGCAGCAGAAAUCCCUCCAGUCCAAAUUGAAUGCUGUAACGACAAGAAAAACGAACAUGGAAAGAGAACUACGAAAUCUGAGGGAUUUGAACACACAGAUGGAACAAGAAAAGGAUGCAUGUAGAGAAUCAACAGCGGCCAACAACGACAGCACGGAGGCUCUGAAGAAUCAGGUGAUGAAGUUGCAGAUGGAUAUCGAAAGCUUGACGGAGAAAUUUAAUAGUUCUGUUGCGAGUCAGAGAUGCAGGGAUCUGGAAAAAGAAAACGAAAGGUUGCGAUCUGAAAAUAAUCGGAUUCAAAGGGAGACAGGAGCUACAAUUUUUAAACUCAAGAAAGAACUUCAGACCGCGAAAAAACAGACCAACAAAAAAGAUCCUGGUGAUAAAAUAAAUAAAGACAAAGGUCCACAGAUCUCUGCCAGACGCCCACAAACCGAAAAAAGUUCCAGAGGAUCCUCACGAAGAGACCAACCGACGACAGUAUCGGAGACUAAAGCGACACACACAGGAACGGAAGCUGCCUAGCAACAACAAGCCAUUCACUUUAUUUGCGGGGCAGCGGUAAAAGUGGCGUUAUUGAUUUGGAGUUACCUUUCUUUUACUCUUCCACAACUACAGUUUUUUCACGUGUCCUUGAGUUGUCUCUCUUUGUGUAUUAAAUAUUUUAGCAAAAAUAAUACUGCAAUAUUUUUUUUCUGUAUUAUCAAUCUGGUCCUCUAUACUUUAUGUAUGUAUUUUAUAAAAGGAGGUGUUUGUUAGAAUUGCUUGUGAAAAGAUAAUGAUAACAAUUUAAAUUUCAACAAUAAAUGUGCGAUUUUUGCUCUCCUUAGAUCAUCAGGUUCUUUAUUUUCCGAGUUUUAAAAUAAAUACAAAAACCAAUGUGUGAAUAAUGCGAUGCAUGUCCACGCUUUAAAGUUUUCCCUCCUAUAAAACAUGUUUAACAAUUGAAAAGCUAGCUAGUUUAAUGAGUCCCUGGGAUCACACUCGCCUCGGUGUAGAGAGGUAAUCAACCUUUAAUUAAAAGUUAAAAGUGGCAUUAGCAAUAAAAACUGCUUAAUUCUGAGUCUUUGUUAAAACGCUGUAAUGAGUUUAGAAUUAAGAAAAAAUAAAUCUUAGGGUCGAAAAGCUAGGGUAAGACCAUUGAUCGAAUUUUGUAAGAUGUCUUUGCACUGAAUUAUAUUUACUUCCUUGCUGUCUGGCGUGUUUCAUACUAAUUGUCAGGUCGUUCUUUAUACACACUGAUUUUGACUAUUUUCACAAAAAUUCAUUUAUUUUUUAUAAAGAUGGAGAUAAUGAGAAAUUUCAUACCCAGUGGAACACAUGAAACCUGAGAUCUCUCUCUCUCUCUCUCUCUCUCUCUCUCUCUCUCUCUCUCUCUCUCUUACAAAAUGAACAUUUCUGCUUCUUCACAUGGAACUUGUUAUAUUUAUAGUUACUGUAUCAUAAUAUUGUACAGAAUGUGCUCAGAAAAAAUAAAAACAUACUAAAA